AUGGCUACCGUCACCCAUCGACGUUUCAAAUCAAAAGCCGCAACGUACGGACAAAUAAGGAAGUUGGCCGCAGAGAGUGCAAAGAUGCUGCAGGUGAGAAAAAUCAGCGUCCUGUCGACCCUCUGCCUCUUCUGCUGCUCAUGGAAGGCUGCAAGUGGACUCAACGUCAGCGCCAGAUGUGCUCAGGAUGCUGUGAUGUUUCUCACAGAACUGAAGGAAAGUCAACCUGAUAAAUACGCAGUGCUGAUGUAUGAUGCGCUGGGGAAGAUGGGAAGUGAUGUCGAAGGCGGGAACGUGAACAGGGUCGGCUCUCUGCAGGAGUGUUUGUCUGCUGAAGGCCCUGGAUUUGGAGGACAAUACUGCCAGGUCUUCCUCCAUCAGGGGGCGUUGGACUAUUUUGUAGGUAUCUGUGUGCCUGAUUCCUGUGAUGAAGCAGACGUGAGUGCACUUAUCGUCUCCGAGGAUUUUGUUCAGGGUCGAACCCCCGUCAUUUCUCCUGUACCAAAUCUGUUCAUAUCAGAACACACACUGGAAAUUUUUAUGAUUCAGUGUCUCAGAAACAACGUUACACUUGAUCUUUCUGCUGUAGUGUGUCUGUGUGUGUGUAUCGUGAUGUUGGCUCUGCCUCUUGUGGCGACUGGCUAUGUAGCUGUGAUCAAGUGGAAUAAAAACAGAAAAGCAAGGUCAAAGGUCGACCCCACAAACUACGGGGCAAUUCUGGCCAACAGUUCAACCAAUCAGAGAAAAGAAUGCAUUUUACUCCAAAACACACAAGUGCAGGAGAGCUACAAAGAAAGGGAACAGGAGGGUCGAGACCCAGGCCGUGUGAUGCUGUUCCUGCGUUCGCUCUCCGUCCAGUUCAGUGGUGUGUGUGAUGGUGUGUGUUCCAGAAAAGGUUAUCCAUCUCUCAACGGUGUUCGUGUUCUUAGCCUCUUCUGGAUCAUCUGUGGACACACGGUGCAGCUUAGCGUCUGGAGCGGCCUCGAUAACAAUAAGCGAUGGAGAGCGGCUGUAGAGAACAAUCCUCUGUACGUGGUGGCGUUUAGUGGACCAGUUUAUCUGGCUGUCGAUACUUUUUUAUUACUCGGUGGACUUCUGAGUGCUACAUCUUUUUUUAGCUGCAUCCAGAAAUCAGAGGACAAACUGAGCCUCCGAAUGAUCGCCCACUUCCUGUUUAGAAGGUUCAAGAGGAUCCAGCCGCUGCACCUCUUCAUCGUGUGUGCGAUCGUCACUCUCUUCUCGUUUCUUCAUAAAGGUCCAUUCUGGUUCACAGUUGAAGACCAAAUAGUGAACUGUAAAGAGUUCUGGUGGUCCAACCUUCUGCUCAUCAACAACCUGUUCACCAUCGCACACACGUGUGCACCGUGGACCUGGUACCUCUCAGUCGAUUUCCAGUUCUUUGCUACGACGCCGUUCCUCAUUUUUCUCUACAGAAUGAAUAAGCGUGUGUUGGUGGUCGUGGCCUUCACUCUGCUGGCCAUGUCAUGCAUCUCCAGCGCUUUAAUCACUGCACUUCUGCACUUACCUGUUCACCAACCCACAACACUUGAUUAUGAAAGCUACUUUGAAUAUUACUACAACAAGCCGUACACCAGAUACGGUCCGUACGUGCUCGGCAUCCUGGCAGGAAUUUAUAUACUGACCAAGAAGGAAGAUCUUAUAAAGCAUCAGUGGCAGGCGGCUGCUGGUUGGCUCGUCUCUCUGUCCAUCAUGGCCGUGAUCGUGGGCUCGGCUUAUGCUCUGAGGGGUCAGGGGUCACCGGGUCAUGCUGUGUAUCAGGGGCUCCACCGCUCACUGUGGGCUCUCGCUGUAACCUGGGUCAUCCUCGCCUGUGAGGAAGGAUACGGAGGUUUUGUGAAUAAGUUCUUGUCCAUGCACGUGUGGGUUCCUCUGUCCAACAUCAGCUUUGCCUGCUACCUCGUUCAUCCUCUUCUCAUUUUACUCUAUAACUCCAGACAGGAGACACUCAUCCACUACACAGACCUCAACCUCUUGUAUCUGUUCCUCACUCACUUGGUCCUCACUGUGGCUCUAGGUUGGGUUCUUACUGUGCUGAUUGAGAAACCAUAUCAGCUCCUGAGCUCAGCUAAAGUAUGAACAUGCAGCACACUGGAAUAAAACAUCAGAGCUGUGAAUGUGAUGGUGUGUGUGUGAUGGAGAGUGUUGGUGUGUGUGUGUGUGAUGGAUAGUGUUUGUGUGUGUGUGUGAUGGAUAGUGUUGGU